AGUCUUUGAAAUUGCAUAUUCUCCUGUGAUACUGUAGAAGUACAUGCUAUGGCUUGGAAAGAGCUUGCUUCUGAGGCUUGUGUAUUGUAGAAAAAGGCACAGAGUAAGAAGAAAGCUUGGGUAGGGAGAAAACAAAUGGAUGCAGAAAGAAGAGAAUGGGAAAGGAAUGUGAGAGGGGAAAAGGAGCCCUCCAGAUGAAGAAAACAGGAAUAUAUGCUACAGACUGAGAAGAAGGGGUAAAGAGGAUCAGGUAGAACACCCUGAUUCAGCGGAAGUGGCUGGUUGUGCUGCGGUCAUCAUGAGAAGACACAGGGCCAUUCGUUUCUUAGCAUAUGUUUAAGAAAAAGGUUUAGACAAGGAUCUGGUGGUCGUUCCCUGACAAAUGGAGAACUAUUUCCAAGCAGAGGCAUAUAACCUUGAUAAGGUUUUAGAUGAAUUUGAGCAAAAUGAAGAUGCCGCUGUUUCACCUACUCUGCUGGGUGCAAAGUGGAAUCAGAUUCUAGAUCCGCCUUCUCAUCGCCUGUCAUUCAACUCGACUGUGGCCAACGUGAACGAAGCUACAACUCCUAAUGAAUGUCAGCAGAGAUUAAAGUCUUUCUCCUUGUCCCACUCAGUGACUACACCAACAGGAGGAGGAGAUCACUGUGCUAAUGGAAAGGAUUUUAGCAUAAGCCCAGAGACCCCAGUCAUGUGGAUUGACGAUCAGGCAGCAGCAGAUGAUCAGUUGAUUAAAAGAAAUAGUAAUCGGGAUGAUCAGUGUAACUCUGUGGAAGCAGGAGAAAAGAAAUGUGGAAAUACAGCUUGCUUGCCAGAGGAGAAAAGUGUGCUAGUGGUGGCAGUCAUGCACAACUGUGACAGAAGAACACUACAAAGUGGUGAUGUUGUGGAUUGUACAAAUUACAACAGUCAGUCCCUAAUGGACUCUAUUAGCUUUACACUGGAUAAUGAAAACCGACAGAGUGACCAGUUUAGCGUUACUGUAAAUGGAUCCACAGAAAAGGAUAUUGAUACAGAAAAGCAAGUAAACAGGCUGUGCACUGAAGAUGACUCUGUAAGUCAUUUGAUUAAUGCUUCAUCUGAAAGCCUGACCGCUGCAUGCCCCUCCUCUCGAUUAAAGGAGGAUUUUAAUAUGAGUAAAGAUUUGCUGUUUUCAGAAGCUACAACUGCAGGGAUCAAUGCAGUGACUCUCUUGCAGAGACCAGCUGAUGGUACUGCUAAAAUGCAAGAAAAUUGUGCGUCAGUUGAAAAUUUCACUAGUAAAGCCAUUUCUCAGAGAACAGAUCUAGAAGCUAAAAACUCUUCUGGUUCCAGUAGUGGAAGCUUAAUUGUAGAACAGGAAACAACCGAGCAGUUGCAGUCUAGGCUAUCUGGGCUCACCGAAACCUGUCAACCUAACGUGGCUGGAAGUGGCAAUUACAAGGAAUGUGUUGCAGAGGAUGUUAGUGCCACUGAAAGCGAAGUCAUUGAAUGUGAUAAAAAUCUCGGCACAACGGAAUUGCACAGCAUGGCAGAAUGUUACCCUGAAUCUCAGGAGAUGACUAAUUGGGAGCUGACAAAGUUGAAUGAGAUGAAUAAUAAGCAAACUCUAGGAGAGAAUGAAAGACUUUUGCAGACCAAACAGCCUGAUGAUGCAUGUGGGAAUAGCAGAGAAGAUGAAGAUGGGGUACUGGAGGCAGGCAUAGACUUAAAAGGGUCUGAUACAGAUGAGCUUGGAGUGUCCAGGCUCUCUGAUGUGAUGGCUACAUCAGCAGCAAGCUCUCUGUCUAAUGGUUGUGAUUCCUAUGGAAUGCAGAACCCAGUUGUUGCUCAUGUUCCAAAGACUUUACCCUCCAAGGAAGACUCGGUAACAGAGGAAAAGGAGAUUGAGGAGAGCAAGUCAGAAUGUUACACUAAUGUUUAUGAACAGAGAGGAAAUGAGACCACAGAAGGGAGUGGUCUUAUUUUAAACAGCACUGGUGACCACAUAAAGAAAAAUUAUUUGCAUAAUCUUUGUAGUCAGGUUUCAUCCAUGCAAGGGCAGACUUCACCAAAACCAGUGACUAACCUGCAAUAUAUCAGUGUUCCUUUUGGUGGUGCAAGACCUAAGCAGCCCACAAAUCUGAAACUGCAGAUUCCGAAGCCAUUGUCGGACCACUUACAAAAUGAUGUUAUUCCCCCAAAUUGUGGAGGUAAUAGUAAAAACAAAAAUGUCUUUGGUAAGACACAGUUAGGGGAUACAGCAGACAUGUUUCCUGGUGAAACAUCUUCAAAUGCCUCUGGUACUGGUUCUAAUGGGGAACAUUUGGACGAGUAUGAAUCUGGAGUCUCUAAUAGUUCGUGCCUUGCAGCAGCCCCAGAUAGUCCAGAUAAUGAUCUCAGAGCUGGUCAGUUUGGAGCUCCAGCCAGAAAGCCUUUUACAACUUUGGGUGAGGUUGCUCCAGUGUGGGUUCCAGAUUCUCAAGCACCAAACUGUAUGAAAUGUGAGGCCAGAUUUACAUUCACCAAAAGAAGGCACCAUUGCAGAGCCUGUGGGAAGGUGUUUUGUGCCGCGUGCUGUAGCCUGAAGUGCAAGCUGCUGUACAUGGACCGAAAGGAAGCCAGAGUGUGUGUGAUCUGCCACUCAGUGCUGAUGAAUGCUCAAGCCUGGGAGAACAUGAUGAGUGCCUCAAGCCAGAGCCCUAACCCUAACAAUCCUGCUGAAUACUGUUCUACUAUCCCUCCUUUGCAGCAGGCUCAGGCCUCGGGCGCCCUGAGCUCUCCGCCUCCCACUGUCAUGGUACCUGUGGGAGUUCUAAAGCAUCCUGGAGCAGAAGUGGCUCAGCCUAGAGAACAAAGGCGUGUUUGGUUUGCUGAUGGGAUUUUACCCAAUGGAGAAGUUGCUGAUGCAGCAAAGCUGACAGUGGCUGGGACAACUUCCACAGGAACCUUAGCAGUGUCUCAUGAUCCAUCAAAGCCCAACAACACUUUAUCAGCAGAAACUGAUAAUGCCUCUGUAUUCUCGGGAAAUAUAACUCAGGUUGGCAGUCCUGUUGGCAGCGCAAUGAAUCUGAUUCCUGAAGAUGGUCUUCCUCCAAUUCUCAUCUCCACUGGAGUAAAAGGAGACUAUGCUGUGGAAGAGAGACCUUCUCAGAUCUCUGUCAUGCAGCAGCUGGAGGAUGGUGGCCCUGACCCUCUAGUAUUUGUUUUAAAUGCUAAUUUGCUGUCCAUGGUAAAAAUAGUAAAUUAUGUGAACAGGAAGUGCUGGUGUUUCACCACGAAGGGGAUGCACGCCGUGGGGCAGUCGGAGAUCGUCAUUCUCCUGCAGUGUUUGCCUGAUGAGAAAUGUUUGCCUAAGGAUAUCUUUAACCAUUUUGUGCAACUUUACCGGGAUGCCUUAGCAGGUAACAUUGUUGGCAACCUGGGACACUCCUUUUUCAGCCAGAGCUUCCUUGGAAGCAAAGAACACGGAGGGUUCUUGUACGUUGCAGCGACGUAUCAGUCCCUGCAGGACCUGGUGCUCCCAACCCCACCAUACUUGUUUGGCAUCCUCAUCCAGAAGUGGGAGACUCCCUGGGCCAAAGUGUUCCCCAUUCGGCUGAUGCUGAGACUCGGAGCUGAAUACAGGCUUUAUCCAUGCCCACUUUUUAGUGUCAGAUUCCGUAAGCCUUUGUUUGGAGAGACUGGACACACGAUCAUGAACCUCCUUGCAGACUUCAGAAACUACCAGUACACACUGCCUGUGGUCCAAGGUUUAGUGGUUGAUAUGGAAGUCAGAAAAACCAGCAUCAAAAUACCUAGCAACAGAUAUAAUGAGAUGAUGAAAGCCAUGAACAAAUCCAACGAGCACGUGCUGGCAGGGGGAGCGUGUUUCAACGAGAAGGCAGACUCGCAUCUGGUGUGUGUGCAGAACGAUGACGGCAACUACCAGACACAGGCCAUCAGCAUCCACAACCAGCCCAGGAAAGUGACUGGUGCCAGUUUCUUUGUGUUCAGUGGAGCUUUAAAAUCCUCUUCAGGCUACCUUGCCAAAUCCAGUAUUGUGGAAGAUGGAGUGAUGGUCCAGAUAACUGCUGAGAACAUGGACUCUUUGAGACAGGCCUUGAGAGAGAUGAAAGACUUCACCAUCACCUGUGGCAAAGUAGAUGCUGAAGACCCUCAGGAACACGUUCACAUUCAAUGGGUAGAGGAUGAUAAAAACUUUCAUAAGGGCGUUGUGAGCCCUAUUGAUGGCAAGCCCAUGGAAUCUAUAACCAGCGUGAAGAUAUUCCAUGGCUCCGAGUACAAGGCCAAUGGGAAGGUCAUCCGGUGGACAGAGGUGUUUUUUCUGGAAAAUGAUGAGCAACACAAUGGUCUGAGUGACCCAGCUGAUCACAGCAGACUGACUGAAAAUGUGGCAAAAGCUUUCUGUCUGGCUCUGUGUCCUCAUCUGAAACUGCUGAAAGAAGAUGGAAUGACUAAGCUGGGUCUGCGUGUUACACUGGAUUCUGAUCAAGUUGGUUAUCAAGCUGGGAGCAAUGGACAGCCACUGCCCUCUCAAUACAUGAAUGACCUGGACAGUGCCUUAGUGCCAGUGAUUCAUGGAGGGGCCUGUCAAUUGAGUGAGGGGCCAGUCAUAAUGGAGCUCAUCUUUUAUAUUCUGGAAAACAUCUCAUAAGAGGACUUCAUUUUCUGUUCAGACCUGUUCCAGCAGCAGUUGUAUCUGAAUCAUUUGCACUUUAAAACUGGAAAAUUAAGCUUUUGUUAACACUAUUGGGGAAGGGGGGGAGGGGGGUGGGACAGUUGUUCCAUAAUUCUGAAUCUUCUAUGCAUUGUCAACAACCAGAGGAUCAGGGCAGCUUCUAUACUACAACAUGGCUAUGCUAUCCUUGCAGCUAAUCCACUUCUGUUACUGUUUAGAAAAAUGCUCAUGUUUAAAGACUUACAGUCAUGUACUCUCAAUGCUCAAAGGGUGCAAAGAUCACUGGGGCGUAAAUAAAAAGUGAAAUUCCAACCUUG